AGCCAGGCCAGCAGAAUGGGGACUCCCUGGAGCCAGGAGAGCUCUCCAGAUGAGGGCCAGCCUGCUGACUGGAACAGACCGCGGGCACCAGCCCGCCGGGUGCUGCUGGCUGUCCUGAUUAUCAGCCUGCUCCUUGGCUCUUCUGUGCUUUUGGUCUUCAUCUUCCGGAACUGUGGCCCUCGCCCCUGUGACACACCUGUGUGCUUGGAUCUCCUGGCCCGUUAUAUGGCCUCUGGGAACAGCGGUGUGGACGCCUGCACUGACUUCUUCAGCUUGGCCUGUGGAAAGGCCAGUGGCACCAGUGAUUCUUUCCGGGAUCUAGCGGAGGAGAACAAGAGCCGACUCCGGAGAAUACUAGAAGCCCCAGGUUCCUGGCAUCCAGGCUCUGGGGAGGAAAAAGCCUUCCAAUUCUAUAGCUCCUGUAUGGACACUCAGGCCAUUGAAGACGCAGGGACUGGCCCCCUCAGACAAGUUAUUGAGGAGCUUGGAGGCUGGCACAUCUCUGGCAAUUGGACUUCCAUAGACUUUAACCAAACUCUGGCGCUCCUAAUGAGUCGGUAUGGCCACUUUCCAUUCUUCAGAGCCUAUCUGCGACCGCAUCCGGCCCCUCCACACACACCAGUUAUCCAGAUAGACCAGCCAGAGUUUGACGCACCCCUCAAGCAAGAGCAGGAACAGAAGAUCUAUGCCCAGAUCGUGCGGGAAUACCUGACUUACCUGAAUCAGCUCGGAACCUUGCUGGGAGGCGACCCAGACAAGGUGCAAGAACACGCCUCGUUGUCUAUCUCCAUCACCUCACGGCUGUUCCAGUUCCUGAGACCCCUGGAGCAGCGGCAGGCACAGGGCAACCUCUUCCAGACAGUCACCAUUAACCAACUGCAGGAAAUGGCCCCUGCUAUCGACUGGUUGUCCUGCUUGCAAGCAACCUUCACACCCAUGUUGCUGAGCCCCUCACAGCCCCUCGUGGUCCAUGACCUGGAGUACGUGAAGAACAUGUCACAGCUGGUAGAAGGGCUGCUGGUCAAACACAGGGACUUUCUGCAGAGCCACAUGAUCUUGGGGCUGGUGGGAACUCUUUCUCCGGCCCUGGAUAGCAAAUUCCAGGAGGCACGCAGAUCGCUGAACCAGAAACUGCGGGAGCUGACGGAGCGACCACCUCUGCCAGCCCACCCACGAUGGAUGGAGUGUGUGGAGGAGACAGGAACCUACUUCGAGCCUACCCUGGCCGCUUUGUUUGUUCAUGAGGCCUUUGGCCCAAGCACCCAAAGUGCCGCCAUGGAAUUAUUCACUGCAAUCAAGGAUGCCCUCAUUGCUCGCCUCAAAAGACUUCCCUGGAUGAAUGAGGAGACCAGGAAAGAGGCCCAGGACAGGGUCACCCACCUGCAGGUGAAGAUAGGGGCCCCAGAAUGGGCCCUGAAGCCAGAACUGGCCAAACAAGGAUACAGUGAUAUACAACUUGGACCCAGCUUCCUGCAGUCCGUCCUGAGCUGUGUCCGAUCCCUCCGGGCUAGAAUUGUCCAGAGCUUCUUGGAGCCUUUCCCUCACCACAGAUGGCAGGUGUCCCCCUGGGGAGUCAAUGCUUACUAUUCGAUACCUGACCAUGUUGUAGUCUUCCCGGCUGGACUCCUCCAACCUCCCUUCUUCCACCCCGGUUACCCCAGAGCCGUGAACUUUGGCGCUGCUGGCAGCAUCAUGGCGCAUAAGCUUCUGCACAUCUUCUCCCAGCUCUUGCUCCCUGGGGGCUGUCUGAACUGUGACGCUGGUGCUCUGCAGGAGGCAUCCCUGUGCCUGGAGCGCCGUUAUGCUGCCUUCCCGUUGCCCAGCGGAACUUCCUUCAAUGGCUCGACCACGUUCCUGGAGAACACUGCAGAUGUAGGGGGGCUUUCCAUUGCAUUCCAGGCAUACAGCAGGAGUCUAAUACGUCACCGUGGGGAGACCACCCUGCCCAACCAGGACCUCAAUUCCCAUCAGCUUUUCUUCCGAAGCUAUGCCCAGGUGAUGUGUAGGGAGCCCAGCCCCCAGGACUCCCAGGAUAUUCACAGCCCUCCCAGUCUUCGCAUCCAUGGACCCCUGAGCCAGAUCCCAGCCUUUGCCAGAUAUUUCCACUGUCCACGUGGUACCCUCCUGAACCCUUCCAGCCGCUGCCAACUCUGGUAA